CCAUUGAAAGUUGGAAACCCUAAUAUUAGUUUAGAAGCACUGAGGUCCUCAUGUUCGAUAUAUGGGGCCUUGACAACCUAUGUUCCGAUUUCGGAGAUUUUUAGAAUGGGGCUGCCACACUAUAAACGUAGUACUUGUGCAAAAUUCUGCAUCGAUAUCUUCACUAGUGCUUACUUUAUAUAUUGUAAAGUAAACGAUUCAGAUCGUCUUCAAAGUUCUGGUAUAUAAGAAGUAGGCGGGGUUGUGAAGCGAUUUCGCCUAUUUUCACAAUAUAUCAUUGGGAUGUAAGGAAACCAUUACAAACGAAGUUGAAAUCGGUCGAGUAGUUCCCGAAUGUGUUUUUGGUUUUGCCCAUUUUGUGGGCGUGGCAAUGGUCCAAUUCUGCCCAUUUUCGAACUUGAUCUUCUUAUGGUGCCAAGGAAUAUUUGUGCCAAGUUUCGUCAAUAUAUCUUAAUUUUUACUCAAGUUACAGCUUGCACAGACAGACGGACAGACAUCCGGAUUUCAAAUCUACUCGUCACCCUGAUCACUUUGGUAUAUAUGACUCUAUAUCUACCUCUUUUAGUUUUAGGUGUUACAAACAACCGUUAUGUGAACAAAACUAUAAUACUCUCUUUAGCAACUUUUGUUGCGAGAAUAUAAAAAAUGCAUUAAAUAUAACAACAACGAACCACGGUUUUUCCGUUACUAACAAACUCCCGGUAGCCUAGCAGCAAUAUAACAUAGAAUUUGUUUUAAGCAGGGCAUUAAUAAAAGAGAGAGAAUGACGCAAAACAAAAAAUAAGGCUGCAUUUAAACGAAUGUCUGUCACUGUAAAUGGUAAAUGACGACAAAAGAGUUGUUUUUGUUCUCAAAAGCGUCAUAAACGCUAUACUCUUCAAUAUUCAUAUCAUUAUACCCAAUAUUUCCCUAACUUUUUAGAGUUUGAACAAUUUUUUCCCAAAAAGAUACAUACAUAGACCACUUGAUAUGUUAUAUAUUUGUCCAAAAAUAGAACAUAGAACACAUAUAUCCAAUAUAUAGACAUCCAUCCAUCGAUUAAGAUCUGAUAAAAUUGGGUUAGAUAGUUUGACACCGAUAUUUCUGGAAGCAUAUUACCCUUGACCUGCAUCAUUUGUUUUUAAAUAUUUACACUCAAAAGUAUAAAGGAUGGUCUAAAAGUCGCCUUAUAAACAUUAGCAUUAUAGGUAUGUAAAUAUGAAUAACUAACAAUUAGAAUGAGGAAACUAAUUGACUAAGAGAUAUAUUUAUGUUUGUCUGCCCGUUCGUGUGUUUGUUUGUAUAACCUUUAUUAUGACUUAAGUAAAAUUCGAAAAAUCUUAUUGAAACUUGUCACAUGCAUUUAGGUACAAUAUUAACGGAAUGGAACCAUUGACAGUGAAAGUAUAGAAAAUCUUCUAACCAAACAAAUCGGAAGAGUUAUGGUGUUCUCAUUUUAUUCAGAGAGUCCUCCACUUUCUUGCAUUCUUGUUUAGCUAACAGUUUUUUUCUUAAAAGAUCUGAUCGGGAAUAAGUUUGAUCUCUCUCUAUUUCUCAUAAACUGACAAAACAGAAAAAAUGGUGUAUACAAAACAUUUCAUGAUCUUAUAUUUUGGCGGACAAAUGGUAAAGUCCCUUAUAAUUCUUAAAAGCUACAAUAUCUCAAGAUACUACUUAAUCAACUAAGAAAGAACUAGGUUUGGCUGUAACUGAACAUUUUAAACUCUUGCAUUUGGCAAGGCUCAAAGGCGGAUGCAUAUUUUUAGGUGUUGGCAAAACAUUAUUGUAUAUUAAAAAUGAGUUCAUAACAUUGACCAAUGUCUCAGUGAGUUUCAUGCCUUCAUUUUGCUUCAUGUCCAACUAUUUUUACUAAAAUCAAACUAACUAACACAUGCCAAGAUAAUUAUGAUUCCUUUAAUCCUUUCAUACUAUUGACCCAUCCUUAAAUACUUGGUAAUUGCAAGAGUAUUUAUCGUUUGGUUCUGCCAAAACGUAACCUUCCUUACUUGUUAUUAUGGAUGUGUAUGUGUGUGCAUGGUGUUUGAAGACAGAACAUUUGUUUGCAGUGUUUGAUUUGGUUAUAUUGUUAGUUUCACACAUUUUGUUUCAAUUCCAAAACGUUGCAUGGUAAUAGUAUGUUUUACAGCAUUCCAAUUUGUGUUGUUCGUUAUAUUACGGUUGUGUAAAUGCUAUUGAGCCGCUUAUCUUUCACUGAUGUGUCUGUGUUCGUUAACUUGGCAGCCUAACUGGCGCUUGUUGUUCCUACUAUCAUACUUCACAAGUUGCUUUGGUUUGACUACUUUGCAAAACUGGUCAAAUCAAAUGAAACAUAACGGUCACAACACGCCACACGAGCAUAACUAUAAUGCUAACGUUAGCUUUCGUCAUACAUUUAUAGUACUUUGGUUAUUUUUCUAACUGUAGAUAUACGUUGCAUCCCAAUAAAUUUAAAAUUAAUACAAUUUAUGGAAUUGAAUUUAAUUAAAUCGAGAAUCGUGAAAUCGUAAGAAAUACGGAACAAGUUAGGUAAAAUUUUAAAAUUAAGGAGAUAUCAUUUGAAUGUACAUACGUAUUUGAAAAAGUAUGCGCCAAAAUAGUGCCAUUUAUUUAUGGGAUCGCGGUGAAAAGACAUUAUAUAGGAAUGUAAAAUACAAAUGUGUAACGAUCAGUAAUAAGUUUUGAAAUCAAUGAACACAGAAACAGUGAGAAAAUACAAAUCAAAUGUGGUUAUGCAAAUAAUAAAAGUAAUUCAAUUUUGUAUGGUUUGCUGUUUGGAGUUUUAUUUCGCCAUUUUUCUUCUGCCACUAAUCAGCGCAGAAAACCUGAACAACGGAACCAGUGCCAAGUACCAAUAUCGACUAUGGAAAACAAUAUCAGCAAGGUUAGACGUCGUAACAAAUAUAAGUCACGCAUCUAUCACACCACCUGUAGAAAGAGAUACAAUUCUUAGCAUAUACAAUGCGUAUUUCCUUCUCUGUGUCCAUCAAAAUCUUCGCCGAAGCUUUUACUACAUCCUCAGAAAUGUGGGAAAUCACAGCAUCAGUCAUACCUCUAUAUAUAUUCAACGGCUGAAUGAUAGCACAAAUGACAGAGACGACAAUGACAAGCAGGAAGAUACUAUUGAAAGAAUAUUUCCUUUUAAUUGGUGUGUGGAACAAUAUUGGAGGCGACAAAAACUUACACUAAAGAGUGAACAAGAUAUUGCUAGCGUGAAAAACCAACAUUACUGUGACGAUAUUUUUGAUAUAGCACUGUGUAUGAUUAUUGCCAUUUUUGUAGAGAUUUUUCCGCUUUCUAUGCGUUUUGUUUGUAAAAACACUGUACUUUGUUGGCGAAGACUGCAACUGUUCUGCUAUUCCUAUCAUCGAAACUAUGCGAAGACACCACAUUCCCGGCAACAAUUGCAGCACCAGCGUAAAGCUGUCAUUAACUGUGUUUGUAACGUCGGGAAUUUGAGCGCAAUAAAAUGGAAGAAAAGAUCAGAUCAACAGCAAAAUGAAUUAUAUAUACUUCAGACACACUUCGCCGUUUUCUCAGCAAUAACCGGAAAUAUAUUUGCACUUUCUAUUCAAGGAGCAGGGCUAACAGACCUAUGCAUACCAGCAGAUGCCGAGAGUGUGUGUGCCACAGUAGUAAAACUUAUAUUCCCUCCUGGAGUGCCAGCAAUGGUGGCAAGCGCAGCUUUCAUUAAACUGAAAUGUAAAAAGUCCUGCCAGUAUUAUUUGUUGAAAGUCCGUCUAAUACACCAAAAGACAUUCACAACUUAUGCGCAAAUUUUAAAAUAUCAGGGACAUUAUAUUUUAAUAUCAGAAGAAAAUCGUUUGUUUCCAGAAGAGAUUGCUUUCCUGGUAUGUAAAAUUGAACAACUAAAAGAACUUGACAUUAUUUGUGAUUAUAAGCAUUUUUCUUAUGGCGGAGACAUAAAAGAAAAGCGAUUUUUAUUUGCCGCUAGCGAGAGGAAAGUCUGUCGUAUAAGCAACGGAUUACUAUUCCAACUUCUGCCACUGUGUCACAAUCUCAGAGGAUUCGCAAUUCUUCAAUUCUGCAAUCAGAUUAAUAAUUUUUUAGUAACGUUUCCGAUAAUUCCUAAAUAUGGUCAUGAUAUCGUUAUUCAUCAGAUACGUUGUGCAACGCUACACAUUAACUCAAAAUUUCAAGAACUGAAAUCAAUUUCGAAGCAGAAAUCUAAGCAAAAUUCCAUAAAACGGCUUAAGCCAAUGAAGCUAACUAAGCCAUUAUCACAUUGGAAUGUGUCAUAUUGCUCAACAAAUAAAGUUGCUUAUACAUUUAAAUGUCAGCGUAUAAAAGAUAAUAAUCUCAAUUGUGAUGCUAUAAUUAAAUUCGACCUUUGCUGUUGUUGUUGGUGUUUUUAUUGCUAUCGUCGCUGCAAUAGCAACCCCGAAAGAGUUUCGAACAGUUGUUGUAAUCGGUGCUGUCCCUGGCAUCGGAGCCAAUAUACUGCAAAGUCUCCGCACUGCCUAUAUUGCUACUACUAUUUGCAUUGUUAUUAUUGUUUUAAUCAAUGUUAUUGUUGCUGUUGCUACACACAAUUUGCUACAACAACGUUAAUGUAUCCAUGCAGCUGCUUAAGUCAUAAAUCCAAUCAUCAACUCCUCAAACAAAAAAACACAUUGCCAAAAAUGCGGCAAAAUGUAAAGGAAACAAAGCAACAGACCGCUUCGCAACAUUUGAAGUGCUUUCGAAUUUUUUUUCGACCAGUACAUCCUAAAAACGCGAACUAUACAUGUAGCACGCUUUCUGCAUUACACGCCAGCCAUACAAUUUAUUGGUUUCAAAAUACACAACGCUGUUGUGCACAAAUCACCAAGCCUAGCACAGGGAUUAACACAGUGAAAGCUGCUUGUGCCGAGACAAUAUCGAAUAAGAAAACUGAUUUUAUCAAUUCCAUCCGUUGUAAAGCUAUAUAUUUCGGCAAAUGUUUGUACCAUAAACUAAUUAAUUUAGCGGAUUACUUAUGCAGACACAUAAUUAUAGUACUUCAGGUUAAGAUAUCAAUACCCCGAUCGACUGCCCUUGUCAUUAAGGUAACGAGAGAGCAACAGCAACAACAACAACAAAUGGUCAAUAUUACGCACGAUCAGCAAUUGAAAAUGAAUAACUUAUGUAAAAUUUUUUGCAACAAUUGGAAGCGACACAGGCGGAGGCGGCGGCGACGACGUCGACGACGCAUGAAUAAACAAGAGCAGCAGCAACAUCAAUCCGUCCAACUUCAACAGCAACACAUAAACAAUGAAAAAGAAACAAUAUUAAGUGGCGUAAGCAACCCUCGUUUGCAUAUAUUAGGUUUUAAUGCGUGCAAAGCAAUCCCCACAAAUGACCCUGUGCACAUGAUAUUAUCAAAAGCGCCAACUGCAUCAAUGUUGGCCACAAUGCGUUUAGCAAAUACGAAAAUUGCUAUGACCAAUGGAAACCGAAAAGAUGCAAUAAGCCCGCAUCAAACACCUGCACUGAGAUUAAACCGCAGCCGCAGUAGGCCAAACCUUGUCUGGCUUUUUAUUGGGUUGGUUUGGUUUGAAGGUCCUAAAUAUGUCAACUGUAGCAUACAUAGUAGUAGCCAAUCUCCACAAUCUACUUCUCAGGCUCAAUCCCAAACGCAGACAGUUCAACAUACCACACAGACAACACUUCAACCACUCUCAACAUCGACGCUACAUAAAAUACAUCCAUCACGAAUAACAUCAAACUUACCUUUAUUAACAACAAACAAUAAACAAAUAUUUAAAGGAUCGAUGUCAGUUAUGCAAAAGGGAUCAACUGCCGCCAUGUAUAAAAUAAAGGAGGAAGGAAACAGCAAUUUUAAUAGCAAAGGCAUACGUAGUGGCAAUUGUUUGUCUUCGCGAAGACGAGCUUCUCUAAUGUCUACCAAAACAAAUGGCAAGCAUACUCGCUUCUACGACAUCGAUCCGAUCGUGAUAGUCGAUCGCAAACGACACGACUGGCUCGAACCAGAAGCGAAAAUAGGGACAGAUUUCUUGGAUGAAGAAGCACAUAGCGCACAUAGCGAUCGCGCUCGUCUGGAGUCUAUUAAAAGACAGAUAUUGACAAAGCUUGGCUUGAAGCAUAAACCCAACGUAUCGCAUCCAUUGCCAAAGCAGUUUAUAUGGGACACCAUAUAUCGCGCAGAUGGCAUACGCAGUGUUGUCAGUGAUUUCGAUUUCAGUGAAAAUGGAUCGCAUCAAUGGGAAUUAGUUUCGGAAGUAGAUGACACAAAAAAGACACAACGAGCACAUUCAGUAAAAGCAAAUGGUAUUACAAGGCUUUCACUUAAUUUCCCAGGUGUUCAGAAAGGCGAAUUCGAUAAAUCGCUUGGAUCAGAUGCUGAAAAUGUUCUUAAUGUAAAUUAUAAAGACUAUUUGCAUCAUGGCCGAUUUGAGGAGUCGAAGAUAUUAAACGAUACAAAAAUACCGAAUAAUUUCACAUAUCUUAUGCAUAUUAGUAAUUCAAAAUUAAAUAAAGACUACCUUGGAGUUGAUGAAAUGGGAUUUAGUGAUAUGAUUUAUGAUGAUAAAGCUGAUUUUCUCGAAAUCGAGACGGAUGAAAUUAAUCACCAAGUGAAUCGUGGUGGUAAUAUUGUUGCCGAUACACAUGCUGACAACAAUGAUGGGUAUAGUUUACAUCAACAGAAAUAUAGCAUGUCCACAGAUCAAAGCAAAUAUGAAAGCGAUGAUUUUCUGGGCGACACACAAGAGUUCAUUACAUUCGCGGAGAAAGGGAAAAUGUUUAAGCAACAUCGACUUGUUGAGUUCUCACCACAGGCAAAUGGCAUGCCCAAUCAAAAAUUAUUCGUUAGAAAAGCUGAAAUUCACGUUCGGAUUGAUAAAUUAACAACAGGGCGCAUCGGUAAUAGCAAUAGAAAUAAUCGUGGAUGUGGUGGAAAGAAAACGAAGCCAAAACUUUGGAUAUUUCAAGUAAUGGAAAAAAAUACUACAAAGAAGAGCUGCGACAAAUCUCCGCAACUUUGUGUUACUUACGAUGUGGAUAUAUCGAACUUAGGCUGGCAAAAAUUCGAUAUAACACCAACUGUCCGGGACUGGUAUAGACGAGCACCGACGGAAAAAUUGCGACUUCUUAUAGAUUGCACUGGUUGUGGCAAGCAUUACGUUUUACAUUUGUUUAAUCAGCCUUUGGUGAGUUCGAAGCAGGACCUAUUAUACCCUCAGCGAGGCAACCGAUACCGUUCGGUGAACCGAGAUGAUCUUGUGGUGCAGUGGACACGACAACGAUUGAACGGUAACAUUAUUUUACAAAAAGAGAGUGAUGUUAAAGGACGAGUGGAAGAGAAGCGUCCAAAAGCUAAACAUCCGUCUUUGCUAUGUAAUUCUAUUUUUGACUGUAGUAAUCAGAAGAAUUUAACUUCAAAUUUAGGCAAUAAUAAAUUGAAUGACGUGCGCACCAAAUUAUUUAGGCCACAUCCAUUACUAGGAUAUACGGAACAAUCUAACCGACUACAAUCCAAAGUUCCUGGGACACAAGAUAAACGGGACAUUCAAUAUUCGCAGCAAAAAAAGUAUAUGCACUUAAAAAGUCCAGUAUCAUUAGAACUAAGUCCCAAUCGACCAUUUCUGGUAUUGCGUACAGAAACGAGAAUUCUUCGGCGUGUACGACGGCGUGCAAUUGAUUGCGUUGGCGCAAUGCAUGGUCAAUGUUGCAAGGAAUCGUUUUAUGUGUCUUUUAAAGCAUUAGGUUGGGAUGACUGGAUAAUUGCACCGCGUGGCUACUUUGCUAAUUACUGCCGCGGCGAUUGCUCAGGCCCAUUCCGCACUCCUGAUACAUUCCAAACAUUUCACGCUCAUUUUAUAGAAGAAUAUAGAAAAAUGGGUCUUCUGAAUGGUAUGCAACCCUGUUGUGCACCAGUAAAAUUUUCAAGCAUGUCGCUUAUUUACUAUGGCGACGAUGGUAUUAUUAAAAGGGAUCUCCCAAAGAUGGUAGUUGAUGAAUGUGGGUGCCCAUGAUGAUAUGCACACUGUUGUAUGUGCAUUCGAAAUAUAUUGAUUACGUAAAGGAUUGGCUGUAUUGAAUCAACUUAAACUAUUUAUAAAUACGAAUAUUAAUAUAUAUACAUCCAGACUUAAUAUUACGAAUCCAUGUUCGUAUGUACUUUUUCUAAGAUUUAAUUUAAAUUUUCAGCUUUACACGCUUUUAUGAUAUAAUAAACAAACAUAGCUGUACAAGAAGGGAUAGCAUCAAAAAUAAAUUUGAAGCCAGUAUAAAGCAACUUCUUGUGCUGCUUUUAUGCUAGAGUAAUAUACAUAGAUACAUACUUAUAUGAAUGUAACAUAGUUUUAAGAUGAAUGUUUGGGUGUAGUAUAAAUACAUAUUGACCUAUGGAUCUAAUUAUUUUUGUGUAUAUACGCAAAUAAAUUUGUUCAAUAGUCAGUAAAAAGAACUUUCGCCGAAGCAAAUACAUUUAAAUUAAUAAAAAAUAACUUUAAUUGGUGCCUUCGAUUAUUAGCUAAAAAGCAUCUUUAAACAUGAACACAUUUAAUAGGGCAUACAUAGUUCGUACGUAGCAAUAUGUAAAUAAUCAAAAUUACAAAAAAAGAAAAAAUCGAUUACUAUUGUAAAUAUAAGGGAACGCUGUUUGAAAACAGAUAAAAACAUCAGCCCUAUGGAAUAAUUUUUUAAAUAAUGCCUUAAAUGUUCAUAUUGGUAAAUAGUAAGCCGCCUACUAAACACACCCUUUUGACUAUCACACACAAAUUCCAAUUUCAUGGGAUAGGGUACUUCAAUUUCACAAUUUCCCCGAUUAUUCUUAACUUUUCCACAAAUAAGGAAGGAGGGGAGUUAUGUCAAAGAAUCUUUAUGUAAUACACAUUUACAAUAUGCUUUCAUUUCAAAUUGAGAUAUAAACAUAAAUACGUUAAUUAAUAUAAACGAAAAUUAAUAAUCAGCAUAAAAGUAUAGCCCAAUUAAUGCUGUAUGCUUUUACGAAUUAGUAUUAUGUUUUACAUAUAUGAGCUCAAUUUCCACAAAACCUUUUUGUACAUUGUAUUGUGAUGCGCAUAAAGAAUAAUUUUUGCAAAUAUAAACACAAAUUACUAACAAAGAUUAUGUAUAUAUAACCAAAUUUUAGCUGAAAAAGUCAGUAUACAGCUCUGAACAUACAUAUGUAUGUUAUUAAAAUAUACGGAAUUAAAGUGGUAAUAAUUCUACUUCCCACAUCAAAUAAUAUUAACUAUGGCAGUUUGACUUUGCACUAAACAAUUUCAAAAAUGAACAUAUACGAUUAACUUAUACAUACUUCAUGUUCAUAUGUGUGCUUAAUUCUAACAUCCCCGAUAAUAUUUCCCUAGCCAUUCCCAAUUUUACAAUAUUAAUUAUAUUGUUUUGAAUUAGGAAUUGGGUGUGAUAACCUUGUAUAUUAUGAUUUCUUGUUUUGUUUUUCAAGCUGUUCCCUUUGACAAAUAUAAUUCAAAUGAUAACAAUCAGAAAUGCAUCACCACUAUUUACAUUUAGAUAAUGCACCUGGCUCAGGGAGAAAAUAGUAGAAAGGCUUAUAUAUAAAUAAAAGCAAAGCAUUGUCCUUUGAAAAUAUACAUACAUAUGUAUGUGUUUGCAAAAGUUGACGAUCCCGCUGUUAACCACACCCUAGCAUUGUACAUAAAAGCCUUUUAUCAGAAGUUGUAAUAAAAUCUCAUUGGUAACCAGAUUUUACGAACUGCGUAUGAACUGUUCCUGAAAAGGCCGGACUUGUGCCAGUCAUAAAACGACGAAUAAAUAGGUUAGUUUUUCACAGAUCUAUUGCAAAUUUAUUUGUCGUAUUUUAAAAUAUUUAAUAAAUACACACAAUUAAUAAAGUUUAUUUUAUGACUUUCUUAAAACUAAACUAGAGAUUUUGCUCUAUAAUUUAUAUUUAACAUAACUGUUUAUUUAUUUUAAACUAGUAUGAGACUGGUACAUUAAAAAAAAGAACUGUCAAUUGACAUCUCGAUAAGACAGUCGACUAGCUGACUAGUUGGGCUUGCGUUAUCAGCUAGUUGUAAGGAUGCAACUAGUCAAUUAACCUCCAAGUCAAUACAAGAGUGCACACAUACACAUUUAAAAAUACAAGCACGUGCUAAUAUUCUGUAGGAUAAUAAAAACGAAAUUUUCAAUUCCUAUACGACUACACACAAAAUUUGUAAAUAAAAUUGUUAAACAAAUUCAUACAAAGUUGUUAAUAGUUAAUUCGAGCAUUGCGACAGUUGUUUACAAUGGAUAUACACAAGUUUAAAACAUAUUGAAUAAAUCAGAUAUUUCACAAAUUUCUGAGACAGAAGCAUUCAAUCUGUAGAUCUAACUUAAAAAUAUUUUACGUGCACAAUUGUAGCUGGACAGCUGGUCAUGUAGAAUGACGUUACACUCGAAUUACAAUUGCAGUAGUUACAUUAAACAAAUAGCUAGUAUCGGAUAACAAGGAUAAUUAGUUUCUUAGCUUUAAAAUUUUCGCUUGAUAGUAACGUUCACUUUAGUAUAUAUAGAGAAUAUAUUUAAAACAUGUAUACAUAUAUUUAAUAAACUACACAAUUACAAAUAUAUAUAUAUAUAUAUAUAUAUAUAUAGAUUAACUGGAACUAAAUGACUACACUAUAAUUAUUCAGUUCAACAAUAAGUAUUUAUACAUAUAUAUACAUUUGAUAAAAUAUAUUACAUGCGUUUGCACAUUCUUCAUUACAUAAACCCUAGUCUUAUUAAAUAGUAGCAUGUUAAAAUCCAACUUAAAUAUAUAAUAAACAAUAAUAUUAAUUAAGGAUAGCUUUUUUCCAAAGCCAAAGACUAUACCUCACUGAAAAAUCCAAAAUAAAUCUGUAUUCGAAUGUGACAUUGACUAUAUAUCUAAUUGUUCAUCACCUCACUUAACAGAAACAUGAGUAAAUGGAAAUAAGAGGAGAGGUAGCACUGGAAAAAUAAAGUUUACAAGCGAAAACUAUGCAUUCCUGAAAGAGCUUUUGACAUGUAAAUAAGAAUGAUUUUCAUUUAUGCAUGUAUAUAAUUCUUUGCAGCGAAGCUAUCAAAGAAAUUGAAAAUUAGUAAUAUUUAACUAAAACGCCAAAUGUGAAAUGUACAUAUGUACCCAGAGUUCAUCUCACACAGUAACUAAAUCGUAUUGAAAAUAGCAUUUUUUCCGAUACUCCAAAAAAGGUUUAUUGUUAUGUUACUAUAAUACAAAAUGAAUUGAUGGACAUACUUGGAAGCAAUCAUUAGAAAUUAAUGUAUUUGACCCUGGAAUAUUCCCAUUCAUGGUUCAAAUAAUAUGCAUCCAUACAAAUUUAUAUAUAUAUAUACAGAUAUACAAAUAAUACUAUUUAAAAGUACCAUGGUUCUUUUUAAAGUCAAUUAAAUUUAGCCUAUACAGAUCACGCUUCGUUGCCAUUGAAAUUAACUUACAUCAUAAUCUUCACGCAUUUAAGGGAGGGGUCUGGGUUUUCACUUUCGAAAAUUCGAAUUUUUUUUGUUUUAUCUUAUUGUUAAACUUUUCAAGAAUAUGUCCUCAAAAUUUUAAUCCGAUCUAAGCAAUAUUCUUGAAAUUACUGUUUAAUUAGUCUCGAUGCCUUUAACGCUCUAACUCUAACAGCUACGGCUUUAAACGCGUUUUUCUCAAAACUACUUUUUUGAAGUCCGUGUUCACUGCCAUUUGAAAACUACUAGACCGAAUCAUUUCAAAUACUUGAAACAUUUUCUUCACAUAAAAUACCUCCCCCCUACGUUUAGUAAAUUUGUUUUUUUAACAUUAACGGUGUUUCCCACUCUGAAAAUGGCGGAAAUUUUAGUCGAAAAUAACGGUUCACACCUUAGAUGGCCGCCAAAAAUUUUUAAAUAAAAAAAAAUAAUCAGAGAACGUUGGGGGGAAGAUUUGUUUAAAAUUUAACUAUAUUUUUAUUAAUUUUUUUUUCAUUUUCGAUUAAUUUCCGGCCGAGUUACAGUGAACACCGCAAAUUGUUUUUUUUUUUCAAGACGUCCCAGGGGAAGCUCUGUCACGGGCUAAUGGUUUAAUAUUUUUGCAUGAAAAAUUUACAGAACAUAGUCAAAACUAUGCUCAAUAAUGUAUAGAAGGUUUGAAUAAAAUUGCUUAAUCGAUAUUUGAGAUAAAAAAUCACAAAAAAGUGUUUUUUUUUUGCGCUGAAACCCAGAUCCCUCCCUUAAGCAUAUGAUGAAAAUGUGAUGUCCUUAAAAAUGGUUUGCUUUUGUGAACCGUUUAUAUAACGCUGUCAGUGAAAUCACAUACAUAGACAUGCAUUGUUUAAUUCCUAUACAUAACUUAAUGAAACAUUAGUUUAUAAUUUUGUAAUAAUUAUACUCUGAAGUGUUUGUAGUACUUUGUUUUGUAAAGAAUUGAAGGAAAUACAUAGAUUUCUAUACGAACAUUCCAGAAAGCAAUAAUCUGGAUGUUACCACAUAAAAUCUUUGGACAUACUCGCUUAAUGAGUAAUAGUCAAUCAAUGACAUCAUUUUCUUUUGUCGAUACAUAUUGCAUAAUAAAAUAUUAAGAUUCUCAACAGUUGGCGGGCCGGUUGCGAUAUAAUGAUAAAAUAUGUAAUUCUUGCGUUUGAAUUUAUUAUACUGUAAAAAGUGGAGUUUAUUGGGGAACAUGCAUGCCAUUGUAAAAGUAUUUUUGAAGGACUUUAACAGUAAUAAUAGUAUUCCCAAAUGUAUACUGUUGUAAUUGUUUGAUUAUAUCCUGCACAACAAUUAAAGCAAUUUAUAAAAACGACAGUAAUCAAAUGAAAAUGAAAUUAUUACAAAUUAAUGCUUCAUAUACAAAGUUAUAUUUAAAAAUAUUGUAAGGUAAUAAUAUUGUAUGAUAGAUAUAAUAAGAAUAUUCAUUAGAAAAAUAAAAGAUAUUAAUUAGAAAAUGGAAGCAGAUAGUUAAUUUUAUGGAUUUAAAAAAUGAUUUAAGUCAAAUGAGAAGAGAGCUACAAACGCAUAACAUACGCUUUGAUGGACGCAAUUAAUAACCAUAUGCAAAAUUUCACCAAUAAAUCAAUAACUUUAUAAAAACAAAAGUGCCUAAAAUAAUUCAAGCAAAUACGCAAUUUUUUAUGAUACUAAGAACUUUUACGAAUAUUUGUCAGUUUUAGAUAGAAUAACAGAAAUCACAAUGGACAUCUAAAAAAACCAUGUGUGAAAUUCGACCAUGUUGAACUUAAAGUCAGUUUGAAUAACCUUAUUGAUUACUUAAGAUUAUAGCGAAC